GAUAAUAAUUAAACUAUGGUUGUUGAAGUUAAGUAAUCAAUAUAUGUAUGUUAGCGUGGCGUACUCUAUUUUCAUUCAAUUCAAGCUCCAAAAUCUUACCUAAGAAAACAUGGAAAUUUCAUACUUAGAAUUAAUAUCUUAAAAAAAAGUGGUGUGAAGAAGAAUAUAUAAAAAGCAGGGGAGCCAUGCAAGGAAAGAUAAGAACCUAAGGUAGUUGCAUACUGAUGAACUGCCUCUUUUUUUUCAACAAUUGAAAAUUUUCUUACUUUCACACACCAUUAAAAACCAUCAUUUUCAUCAAAUCUAGCCAAGAAUUUAAUCCCACAUUUCUUCUUAGCUUAACAAAAGAAAAAAACCCUAAAAAAAAAAGUCUCUAACACAAAAAAUUAUGAAGUUUCUACCAAUGGAGUCAGUAGUAUCUGAGUUAGAAGGAACACUUGUAAAGGAUCCGGACCCGUUUUCCUACUUCAUGCUUAUUGCAUUCGAGGCGUCGGGUCUUAUCCGAUUCACUUUACUUCUCAUUUUUUGGCCCAUUAUUCGUUUGCUUGAUCUAAUGGGUAUGAAUGAAGUCGGGUUCAAACUUACCAUUUUUAUCGCGGUUGUAGGGCUCCGGAUACCCGAUAUUGAAUCCGUGGCUAGAGCGGUCUUACCCAAGUUCUAUAUGGAUGAUAUUGAUAUAGAUGCUUGGAGGGUUUUUUAUCAAUAUGAUAAAAAAGUUGUGGUUACCAAAACUCCUAGACUUAUGGUGGAAAGGUUUGUUAAGGAUCAUUUGAAAGCUGAUGAAGUUAUAGGGAGUGAGCUGGUUGUGAACCGGUUUGGAUAUUUAACGGGUUUUGUAUAUGAUUUCGGGUCAGAUUCGGAUCGAGUUUCUAAGUUGUUUGGCGAUGAGAAACCUUCUUUAGGUUUGGGAAGGUCUAGUAGUAAUGAUUCUAACACAUUCAUGUCACUUUGCAAGGAACAAUGUCAUUCACCAUUCACCACAACAACACACAAUCAUGACCUAAUUCGUCCACAACCGGUGAUCUUCCACGACGGCCGCCUAGUAAAGCGGCCAAACCCCGCCAUCGCCCUCCUAAUCCUCUUAUGGAUACCAAUUGGUAUAGUACUAGCAAUAAUCCGGUUAUCAAUCGGUCUAGUGUUCCCAUUUUGGUUGGUUCCUUACAUGACGGCUAUCUUUGGUGGCCGUGUAAUAGUGAAAGGCAAGCCACCAACACCACCUUCCACCACCACCACCAGCACCACCACCACCACCAACGGCGGCUUCCUAUUCGUAUGCACACAUCGAACCCUAAUGGACCCCGUAAUUGUUUCAUACGUUCUAGGCAGGAGAAUACCAGCUGUUACAUAUUCAAUUUCAAGAGUAUCAGAAAUGCUUUCACCAAUUCCAACCAUUAGACUAACACGUGAUCGCCACGUGGAUGGCGAAAGAAUAAAAAAGGAGUUAGAAAAAGGAGAUUUGGUGGUUUGUCCUGAAGGAACAACUUGUAGGGAACCAUUUUUAUUAAGGUUUAGUGCCUUAUUUGCUGAGUUAACGGAUAAAAUAGUACCCGUUGCUAUGAAUUAUAGGGUCGGGUUAUUCCAUGCAACCACGGCCCGUGGGUGGAAGGGUUUGGACCCGUUUUUCUUCUUCAUGAACCCUAGACCUAUUUAUGAGGUUACAUUCUUGAACCAACUACCCGAAGAGGCUACCUGCUCAGCCGGUCAAAACCCUCAUGACGUCGCGAAUUACGUGCAACGUUUAUUGGCUGCUACAUUAGGGUUUGAAUGUACUAACUUCACUAGGAAGGAUAAGUAUAGGUUGUUGGCUGGAAAUGAUGGAACGGUGUCGUCUCAUGCUAGGAAACCAUGGCUUGGUAGCUUCAACAAGGUUGUCACCACUUUCAAGCCUUUCAUUCGCUAAUAUCUUUUGUUGGUGCAGAAUCAGUUAGUUGACUUUGCAAACAAGUGAAUGCACAUUCAGUAGUAGAUACUGAGCGCCACAUGAUCUGAAAAUGGUAGUAACAACUUCUAAGAGAUAUUGUUUAAUUACAACCUCUUAUUCUAUAAAUCUUUAUGUGCUCAUUUUAAUUGAUUAUGUACUGCUACUUAAGGCCUAAGGGGGAUCAUUAACAUGGUUUGUACUUUGUAUUGAGGAUUUGGGAACUUUUUUUUUUCCUUUACACCUUUUUUCUCAAGAAAAAAAGUUCUUAUUUAGAUUUUUUUUUCUUUCUAUUUCGAUGUGAAUCAAUGAAUGUAUAUUAAUUAAGGUGUGUAUUGUAA